AUGAACCUCCUAACUAUACUAUCCCUAUCCCUCUUCCAACCCACCCUCUCCCAGACCCUCAACACCACCCUAACCACCCACUUUGCAAACGACACCCCCUGGUACACCCCCCGCAUCCCCCUCUUCACCUCAUCCCUCCCCGCGCUUAAUGCAGUCUACUACUACCGCUGGUCCCUCUACCGCGCACACCAGCGCGAUCUCGGCCCCAACGGCUACAUCAUCACCGAAUUCCUCAACGACGUAACGUGGCAAACACAGCCGUACGCCUCCCUCGUCGACGCGACGGGCUUCCAUCUCCGUGAGGGGCGGUGGUGUCGGGAUCAGAGAUAUAACCAGGACUAUGUGACGUUUAUGCUUAAUGGUAACAAGGGGGAUAUGUAUCAAUUUUCAGAGUGGGUUGCGGAUUCCGUUUGGGCGGGGUUUUUGGUGGAUGGGGACGUUGAUUCUGCUGUUGCGAAGUUGGAUAUGUUAGUGGAUUUGUUUGAGGGAUGGGAGGGGAAUAUGUCGGAGGCUGGGACUGGGGGUUUUGACAGGGGGAAGGAGUUGUUUUGGAUUCAGCCGUUGACGGAUGCGACGGAGUAUACGGUUGCGAGUAUUGAUGCGAGCGGUGGGUUCGAUGGAUUCACGGGUGGGAAUGCGUUCAGGCCGAGUGUCAACAGUUAUCAAUACGCAAAUGCAUUGGCUAUUGCAAGGCUUGCGGGAUUGAAGGGCGAUCAAGCCCUCGAGAAGGAGUAUAGCGAUCGAGCGGAUGAGAUCAAGAUGAACGUGCAGGAGUCGCUAUGGAACAGCACGUUUGAGCACUUUGCCGACCGGUAUCAGGUUGAUAACGAGAAUGUCACGUACUGGGAUUUCAUCCGCGGACGCGAGUUAGUCGGCUAUGUCCCCUGGACGCAUGACCUUCCUGAUGAUAAUGAGACGUUCGCGCAGGCGUGGACUCAUCUUCUCGAUUCUGAGAAGUUUGCUGGUUCACACGGCCUGCGCACCAAUGAACCGAGCUAUGAGUACUUCAUGCAGCAGUAUCGAUAUGAAGGUUCGCAGCCGGAAUGUCAAUGGAAUGGACCUGCUUGGCCGUACCAGACUACCCAGGUUUUGACGGGUCUGGCGAAUCUCCUUGACCAUUAUCCGAUUUCGUCUGAGACGGGAAUAGUUACCCGCAAGGACUAUACCGACUUGCUCGUUCAGUAUGCUGAGCUACACUAUAACUUUGAUCGCGGUGGUGUGCUCAAUCUAGAAGAAGAUUACGAUGCUGAUACGGGACGGCCCAUCGUGGGUCUGACACGGUCUCCACAUUACUUCCACUCGGGAUUUAUCGACCUCAUUCUGUCAGGCUUCGUUGGAAUCCGCCCUCGCGCGGACGAUGUGCUCGAGGUUAACCCGCUCGCUGAUGGAGAUUCCGUCUCGUUCUUCCGCGCAGAGCGCAUUCUCUACCACGGCCACGACAUAGCAGUCCAAUGGGACGCAUCAGGAGAGCAAUACGGCGCCGCAGGACUAAUCAUCGAAAUCGACGGCGAAACCAUAGCCAGCGCCCCGGACCUAACCCGUCUAACAGCCAACAUCACUCGCAACGAGCCACCCGCGAUCAACCGCCCAAUAGCCAAAUCAAUUCAACUCCAAUCUGAUUCCGAAUGGCCACGGGGAAGCGUCUCAGUCGCUGACGCUGACCCCGAAAGCAUCCAUGCUGCCAUUGACGGCCGGAUCUGGCUCUUUCCUGAGAGCGAUAUCGCUAAUGGAUGGGACACGCCUGUUGAGAACGGAAGCGAGCUGUGGUACCAGAUCGAGUUCAGUAGUAGCACAGUCACUGCUAGUGCUGAGAUUGCUUUCUUUGCGAAUGAGGCGCAGGGGCUUGAUGCUCCGGAGAGUUAUCGGAUUGAGGUUCUUGACGGUGGUGAGUGGGUCGAGGCAAGCGGCGCGCAAUAUGCGGAGCCGGUCGCAAAUGGUAUUACUAUUGCCUCGUGGGAUAAAGUUACGAUAGAGAGUAUCAGGGUUGUCUUUGUGCCGAAAAAGGGACAGAGGGUGAGACUUGUGGAAUUCAAGGUGUAUUAG